CCCACGGGUGUUCUCUGUUCUCGAGAAUAGAUAUCAUCUGAACAUCAGUAGCAGCAGUGUUCCGCAAAACCAUGAGAGAAGCUGAAAUUCAGGUUUAGAGCUUCUAGAGUUCUGUCUUGCACUAUAGUUUAACUAACUGUUUGCACAGACAGGUCAAUAUUAGGUAUGUCUUUUCCUCUAACAGAACUAGAAUAGAUUCUGUUUUCGGUGAAGACUCAUCUCUACACUAAGACAUGACAUCUUUAGAAGAAGUCAUCUUGAUCCCUGAUUCUCAUCAUCAACAUCCUACAAAAAGCAAAACUGGUCAGUGUUUGGUCAUCAGUGCAGUUUUACUGGGACUCAUUGCAGGUCUGUUUGCAGGAGGACUCUUUGGUGUGAUGAUUGAUGAAACAACAUUCCGUAUAAAAAAACUGACUCCAUUAAAAGACGUGGAGGACAACUGGUAUUCCACAGCAAUACUAAUGUCAACCUUGGGUUUAGUGGCUGUCAUGAUUUCAUCACACAUUGCAAUGGUAGUGGGAUACGGAAUGUAUCGCUUCCUGAUCAACAAGGAAGGACAGCGGGCCAAGGCUAAUGUCUUAAAACACUCAGCACCCGUAGCAUUUAUGGGAAUCACUGUCUCUGGAGCUACAGUGGGGGCCUCCUACAGCAAAUGUAUGCUGGAGUUGGGACUGUUUGAAACAUUUCUGCUUUCGUUUGGAUUUCUUUUCAUUUUGCCGACUUUCGUAAACUGUCUAGCUUUGAUUCACAGUGAUGAACAUGCCAUUUAUUUUGCCGGUUCUUAUGUGUUCAUAAUAAUAUAUGGCAUUGCUUUUUAUUCCCUAAUGUGGUCCCUUUUCUUAGGAUUGGCUGGUGUGUUCUUUCAUUUCUUUGUCCUGGUUUUAGUUUUAUAUGCAUAUUAUUAUUGCGUACAUGAGGAGUUUAAGCUGAAACAUGUAAUGGUUUCAACUGUUUAUCCAAUAGUAUUGCUUUUAUUUACUAUGCUUUUGUUUGUUGGAACUGGAAUAGUGACAAUGUCUGCAGCUGAAAAGGGGCCAGUUAUUGGAUUUCUGGCCACACAUCUGAUGGAAGCUGCACUGGGGCACUUGGUGUAUCUCCAGGCUGGUGGUGGGGGUGGUGCAGGGGCUUGGAAGGCAUGUGUAGGUGCAUGGGCUGCAGGAGGUGCUACUUUAGCAAUUAUACAGAAUUCCACUGUAAUGUUAAAUAUAGGUGCAAGAUUAUGGGGUGUGAUUGGGGUUUCUGGAGCAACUGGUGUGGCCCUCUCUUCAGUGGGGGAACUGGGGGAGAGAUACGGAAAGGUGUCAAACCAGCAGUGGGGAGGAAUGUUGGGCAGGGCAGCAGCAAUAGUGGGAGCAGCAGCUGGAGCUUUUCUUACAGGAGGGACACGAGAUUUAAGCUAUGGAUUUUUUAAAUCAGUGUGUGCAGUUAUAAUUCCAGGCAUGCCGUUUGUAGAAUACAUACUUAAUGUCUUCUAUCGUGGCCUACAAUAUCCAUGUCUAAAAAAUGUAAGGAUGUUCCAUCAUUGCAUUUUUUGCUCUAAUAAUUACAUUUAAAAUUGAAUGAAGUGUAAAUAAAAAUGUUAAUAUGUGAAUGAUGGUGUAAUGAAACCUUUUGUCUGACAUUUGUUCACUUUUCUUUUUAGUUGCAUUAUACAAC